UGUGUGUGUAUGUGUGAGUGUGUGUGUGUGUGUGUGCGUUUGUUUGUGUUGGCCAGACAGCUGCCGGCCAGGUUCACGCAUAGACGCAUUUGUGUUCGUGAGCUGCUGUCUGCUAGUGCCUCCCUCUCUUACUGCUGCCACAUCAUCACCACAUCCAAGAUGCGUCUAGUGAUUCUGGAGGAUAGUGAGAGGGUGGCAGAAUGGGCAGCCAGGUAUGUCAUUAAGAGGAUCAAUGAUUUCCAGCCUGGCCCAGAUAAGUACUUCGUCCUGGGCCUGCCUACAGGUAGCACUCCCGAGGGCACGUAUAAGAAGCUAGUGCAGUAUCACAUGGCUGGCAAAAUCUCCUUCAAAUAUGUGAAGACCUUUAACAUGGACGAAUAUGUUGGUAUUCCUCGGGAUCAUGUCCAGAGCUACCACACAUUUAUGUGGGAGAGCCUUUUCAAGCACAUUGACAUCAACCCAGUCAAUGUCCACAUCCUGAAUGGCAAUGCAGAAGACUUGGAGCAGGAAUGUCUGAGUUAUGAGAAGAAGAUUGUUGAAGCUGGAGGCAUUGAGCUUUUUAUUGGAGGAAUUGGCCCUGAUGGUCACAUUGCCUUCAAUGAACCCGGCUCUAGUCUGGUGUCCCGUACCCGUGUUAAGACACUCAACCAGGAAACCAUUACUGCCAACGCUCGCUUUUUUAAUAAUGACAUAUCUCAAGUACCUAAGCAGGCUCUGACAGUGGGUGUUGGCACUGUCAUGGAGGCCAGAGAGGUAAUGGUGUUGAUCACUGGGUCACACAAAGCUUAUGCUCUCCACAUGGCCAUUGAGGAGGGCGUGAACCACAUGUGGACCGUAUCAGCCUUCCAGCAACACAAACGCACCAUCAUGCUGUGUGACGAAGAUGCCACACUAGAGCUCAAGGUCAAGACCGUCAAGUACUUCAGGAGUUGUAUCCCAACCCCUCCUUGUGAUGAGUUUGCUGAGACAGAGUUUGGUCCUGAUGGUGGAGUACCAGUAGUUUUGUGAAGGACUUGUGGACUGUGCAUUGCAAGCUCAUUGAUGAUCCAAUGAUGGUAACGUUUACAUAAUUUGGUGAUGACGACACAGGGUUUACAGCUUCAUCGUUAUCCAUGACCAGUAAUUAAGAAAUCUAAACAUCUUAUACCAUGAAUGCAGUUUUAUAUUUUGUCUGAUGAAUAGAUCUUUGCAAUGAGCAUAUGUAAAUUAGAAUUAGCCUUUGAUUAGAAUUAAGUGGGUUCGUGGUUUGAUGAAAUGCCUUUAGGUAAAGUGACAUAUCAUUGAAGUGUGUAUUGUCUGAUUCCAUUUGGUGAUUUAUAAAACUAUGCCUUGUGUGUGCAGUUGAAGUAGGACUAUUUAAAAGUUCAUUAAAAGAGUAUUUUUGUAUUGUUAGUGGCGGUCAUCUACACGUGUUUGAUGGUGUAUCUGCCUACCAGCGUAAGUUUUGAUUUAUUGCUAUGGUAUUCAAGGAACUGGUAUCUCCUAUUGUAUGAUAUAUACCAGAAGUGAAUCUGAAGUGAAUCAAACUACUUUGCUUAUCACUUAUUGUUGAUUAUUCUGAGAGUUUGCAAUGAUCACAACCUAUUGAAUUUCUCAUGAGUUUGAUACCUUUUGGAGGUAUAUCACAGCUUAAGCAACAGUGAGUAACCCUGUUUUAAAAAUACUCUAGUUCCAAGGAUCAUUUUGUAGUUUACUCUUUUUUGAUGUGUACAUAACAAUUAAAAGGGUUUAGUUUGCCUAGUGUAUUUUGUAUUAUCAAGUUUUACUGUAUAUCUGUGUCCAAAGAUGUGACAUGUUAAAAGAGAAGAGAAUACAUCAGGGAUUAUGUUUUUUAUGGACAACUAAAGAAAUGUUUGAUAAGCUGAUCUCCAAGAGUUACUGGCACAUUGGGGCGUCUGUGUUCCUUAGAGUAAAUCAGGUGGUUGUUCCCCACUAACUCACUUGCACAAGUUUAAGUUAUGAAGGUUAUGGUUCCCUUUGCUUAGUAAGUAGAAUUUUGAACAGUGCAAUCUUGGUUCAUGUGAGAGGCUUCUGUUAGAAGGAUAGAACUUAUUACAUGAUUGUAGAUUUAAAAGAAAAUUAGUUACAAUACAGUAUAAAAAUUUAAGAUAAGAUUUUUAAUCACUUUAUACAUAAUACGCAUGACAGAAAAUUCUUAAAUUUUAAUAUAAUUUAGACCUUCAGUUAAAUACUAAGAAUUAAAUUAUAGUAUUUAGUUAAAAUAAUUUCUCUUAAGAAAACAAGUUUUGGAAGAUGCAAUUUUGUUGGAUUGACUGAUGUGUUUACAGUAAGUACUUAAUGGAAAUGUUGUAAACAAGUGAUUGUAUUGUGGUUGUAUAAGAAGUUGAAGCAAUAUGUCCAUGUGUUUUAGUGUGUAAGGUCUAUUGUUCCUUAAAGAAUUUUAUUCUUAUAUUUGGUUACUAUACUACAGUACAGUACUUGUGACUGAGCCAUAAUUCUAGAUAAAGCUUUUUAAACAAC